AUGGUGAGGACUAGAGCCACAAUUACUGAGGGUGAGGAUGCACCUGCUGCUCGAGCCCCACUACGCGGGCGAGGUAGAGGACGUGGUGGAGUCAGGGGACGAGGCCGAGCAAGGGGAGCGGCACCUACUCGUGGACGAGCUAGAGAGCUAUCACCUGAGCCCAUGAGCUAUUUGUUCGAUUAUUGGCUAGACUGGAUGAGUCGUCAGAAGAGUUAUGCUGAUAGGAGGGUUCGUCCCUUAGAGUUCAUGGUGGGUGAUUGCGUGUGGCUUAAAAUAUCGCCCAUGAAGGGUGUGAUGAGGUUCGGAAAGAAGGGCAAGCUUAGCCCAAGGUUUGUUGGCCCGUUUGAAAUCCUGAGGAGAGUAGGUGGAGUGGCGUAUAAGUUGGCCUUACCCCCUAAAUUGUCAGCUGUCCAUCCGGUGUUUCAUGUUUCCAUUCUUCGCAAGUACAUACCGGAUGAGUCUCAUGUGAUUUCUUACGAUGCGGUAGAGUUGAGUCCGGAUUUGACUUAUGAGGAGGAGCCGACAGUUAUUCUAGAUAGGCGGCUUCGUAGACUCAGGACCAAGGAGGUCGCUUCGGUCAAGGUGCAGUGGCAGCAUCGGCCUGCUGAGGAGGCGACUUGGGAGUUAGAGUCUGAUAUGCAGGCUCGAUACCCUCAGCUUUUU